AUGCAAGAAAUAUGCAACACCGCCGCUCUGCCGCUCGACAGUAACCCCUUGAUGCGUAAGAUAAAAUGCGAAGAGAUUCCAAUCAGAGCGAAACAGGCAACCAGAGUUGGGAUGGGGGUACGUGAUGAAAUGGAAGAGGAGUUUGCGGUCAAGACGCGGAACACGCCACCGAUGGGACCCGCGCCUGGACCGGAACACGCCCGGAUGGAACAUGGCGGGAACGGAUUCUGGCUCGCAGCAGUAACUGCAGCCGGAGCUCCUCAUCCAAUGCUUGAGACUUGCACUGAAACUGGCUUUAUCAACAGCCAACCAUCGAUGGCGGAGUUUAUGACGGCUCUCCCCCAAUUAGGAGGAGGCGAGUUGAGUCCGCAGCACACGCCGCCCGGUUACGGUCCAGACCUGCCUUCCCCUGGCGGUGGUCUUAACGUUCCCGAGUAUCCCUGGAUGAAGGAGAAAAAAACGACAAGAAAGAGCAGCCAACAAGAAAAUGGUCUGCCACGAAGGCUGCGAACGGCAUACACUAACACGCAACUGUUAGAAUUAGAAAAGGAAUUCCAUUUCAAUAAGUACCUUUGUCGACCGAGGCGAAUCGAGAUAGCUGCCUCACUUGAUCUUACUGAGAGACAGGUAAAGGUGUGGUUUCAAAACAGACGUAUGAAGCAUAAACGACAAACUCUAAGUAAAAGCGAAGACGGAGAUGACAAGGAUUCGACAACCUCAGAAGGCGGAAAGAGUUCAAAAGCGCGAGAUAAGUUCCUUGACGACGACGGGCCGCUUUCAGGCAAAAAGAGCUGUCAGGGCUGUGAAUUACCGCCUGGUGCUUUGUGUUCGCCAGCUGAAGAUUUACCAGAACUUACAUCACGCACAAGGAACAAUAACACGCCGAGCGCAACAAACAAUAAUAGUUUUGCUAGUGACGGCGCUUCAAGUGUGGCUUCCUCGUCCUCUCUCGAUAAGUUAGCCGAAGACGACUCAAGGGAUGCGCAUCCUGUUUCAACAAUCACUACUGCACCGCGAAUUCUAGCAAAAAAGAUUAAACAGGAGUCAAGAAAGCGUUCACCUUCGUUAGAUGCAACGGGCUGCAAAGUUUCACCUUCUUCUUCAAAAGAUGGUCUAAUAGCAGUUGCAGGAGUACCCGACACGGGCAAAUUUUCUUCUGUCAAUUUAACACCGUCUUCUACACCUGGUACACCUUCAAGCAUGCACCAAAGCCCACUUGGACAUUAUCCACGCCCAUCACCACCGAACGUACCUUCAGGAGCUCCUCAUCCACAAACAGUACCUAAUGCGAUGCCUCCAUACGUCAUUCGAGGCAAUGUACCACCCGGUCAGUUUGGACCUCACGCAGACUUCCGAAUGGAUACAAAACAGUUCGUUGGGAAAUUAGCUCAAUACCCACAGGGCAACAGAACUUACGACGGAUAUGGGCCUGCUCUGCAAGGUGUCGAACAACAUAGUUACACUCGCAAUCAACAGCAUACUAGGCCUAAUGAAGGUUCACCUUCAACUAGAUCAACUAAUGGUGUCGGUAGACAAGCAUAUCCCCAUGAAAUGUAUCAAAACUAUAGUUACACCGCUUACGGAAAGGAGCAAAUAGCCUACGGUCAUCCAGGAUACGAGCAACAGGGUUAUCCUGGGGAACAUAUGGCAUAUUCUAACAGCCAUUACGGCUAUCAUUAUCAUGAGAGUACACAACACGAACAUGCUCAUGCGUACUAUGGAGGGGAAGGUCAGAAGAAUACACCUGGAAACGAAUAUGGUCGAUGGAACGACACGAGUAAUUAUAACCAGCAGGCCGCGGUUACUCCAGCCGGAUAUGGACCUGGAGGCGCUCAACCACCAGCUCCGAACGAGGCCUAUGGAAGCAGUGGAGAAUGCGCUGAUGGUUAUGGAUCCUUCCAACAAUUUUACGAAGCAACGCACGGGACUCCAGCAGCCGGGGAAAAUUCCAACUCUUCCUCAGACUUCCACUUUUUGAGCAACCUCGCUAACGACUUCGCACCUGAAUAUUACACUAUUUGA